AUGAUAGUGAAGGGUGUACAAAGAGAUCUUUUCGCCUCGCAGCUUCAUGCACUUGCCUCCACACUGAUUUCGCUGGAUAUAUCUUAUUUCAUUGGAAUAAUGUGGCACAAAUUGCCCGCGUGGCAAUUGCUUUGGUGGUGCCAUCAUUUCUCCCUUUUGUGGAGUACAACAGACGGACAGACCCGCUACAGCAUCCCGGAGGAGUUAAAACAGGGCUCGGUGGUGGGGAAUCUCGCAAAGGAUUUAGGUUUGGUCAUUUCUGAACUGCAUCGGCGUAAACUGCGGAUAACGUCAGAGGCUGGUAAGCAGUAUUUCAGUGUGGACCUCGGGAAGGGAGACCUGCUGGUGACUGAUCGAAUAGACAGAGAGGAGCUGUGCGGACAAAGAGCGGCAUGUCUGUUGCCUUUGGAGCUCGUUAUAGACAACCCCUUGCAAUUGCAUAGGGUUGAGAUUGAAAUAUUGGAUACUAACGAUAACUCUCCGAGUUUUGCCACAAAGGAAAAAAUCUUAAAAAUAGCAGAGCUGGUUAAUCCAGGUGCGCGGUUUCCUUUAGAAAGUGCACAAGAUCCUGAUGUCGGCCCUAAUUCUGUACGCUCUUAUGUUAUCAGUAAAAAUGACAAUUUUAAAUUAGCUGUCAAAACCCAAAAAGAUGGACGAAAAAUCCCCGAACUGGUGCUUGAAAAGCCUCUCGAUCGAGAAAGGCUGCCUGUCCAUCAUCUCAUCCUCACGGCUGUGGAUGGUGGCGACCCGGUCCGGUCGGGCACGUCCGAAAUUACAAUAACAGUCCUUGACAAUAACGAUAAUGCACCCCAAUUUGAGAGGCAGCUGUAUGAGGCAAAUGUCAGCGAGAAGGCGAGUCCGGGCGCACAAAUAUUACAAGUUAAAGCGACAGAUGCAGAUGAAGGCCUAAACGGUGAAAUUGAAUAUAGUUUUGCAGAGCAAACGUCAGAAGCCAUUUUAUCAUUAUUUAACAUUGAAGCUGCUACUGGAGAUAUUACAGUUAAAGGAGAUUUAGACCAUGAAAUUAAUUCUUUACAUAGGUUUGACAUUACAGCGAAAGACAAGGGCAAUCCAAAAAUGGAGGGGCACAGUGGCGUUGAAAUAAAAAUAAUUGAUGUUAAUGAUAAUGCGCCGGAAAUAAUUGUGACGUCUCUAACGAGUCCGGUUCCGGAAGAUUCAGCCAUUGGAACUGUUAUUGCUCUCCUAAGUACAAGAGAUCCCGAUUCAAAAGACAAUGGCAAGGUUACUUUGCGGCUGCCACCCGAAUCUCCUUUUAAAUUAAAUCCGCCUGUUUCCAACCACUACUCUUUAGUGACAAACGGGCCGCUUGAUCGUGAAAAAAAUGACCAAUAUAAUGUGGAGAUCCGUGCCACUGAUUAUGGAAAACCUCCACUGUCGAGUGCGAAAAUAAUUAUAGUUAAACUUUUAGAUGUAAACGACAACCCACCAGUUUUCUCGCAGCCACAUUAUACUAUUUAUGUAAAGGAAAAUAGCGCUCCGGGACAUAUUUUAUGUUCGGUGUCUGCAAGUGACCCGGAUGCCGGUGAAAACGCCAAAGUGUCUUACUCUAUCGUGGACUCUAAAGUGCACGACGUGUCCGUGUCGUCGUACGUUUACGUGAACUCCGAGAACGGCAGCAUCUACAGCAUGCAUUCGUUCGACUACGAGAAAAUCAAAGUCUUCCAAGUUGUGGUUGCGUCAAAGGACCAGGGCUCGCCUUCGCUCAGCAGUAGCGCCACUGUCCAUGUUUUCAUCCUGGACCAGAACGACAAUGCCCCCGCCGUCAUAUACCCCUCCCCUCACGCCGCCACCCAUCUAAGGGUGCCCCGCUCGGCCAAGGCAGGGCAUCUGAUCACUAAGGUGACGGCCGUGGACGCCGACUCGGGCCACAACGCGUGGGUCUCGUACAAAGUGGCGGAGUCCACGGACACUUCUCUGUUCACGCUCAAUUUGUACACGGGGGAGGUGAGGACUAAACGUGCCGUGUCCGAGCACGACGACUCUUCUCAGAGGCUGAUCGUAGAGGUAAAGGACGACGGGGAACCGGCCCAGUCGGCCACUGUCACGCUGUCCAUUCUGGUGGAGGACGGCGUGAGCGCGCCCGUCUCAGAGCUGAGACACAAGGCGCCCGAUUCCGGCAAGAAAGGCGGCACAAUCACGCUGUAUCUGAUUGUGUCUCUGGCCUCGGUGUCUGUGCUGUCUCUGCUCACUUUGCUCGUCUUGGCCGUCAAAUGCAUGCGGAGCAGCGCGAGCGGCGCUACUUGCUGCGUGAGGCGGACAGGCUCCGACGAGCACAAGAAGCCCAACAGAAAUCUCCAAAUUCAGCUCAACACCGACGGACCUAUCAAGUACGUGGAGGUUCUGGGAGGUGACGUCAUGUCUCAGAGUCACUCCUUCAGGUCGUGCAUGUCUCCCAUGUCGGAGUACAGUGAUUUCACUUUGGUUAAGCCCAGCAGCACCACUGACUUUAAGGAGGUCAUCAGCGUCCUGGAUGCUUCUUUGCCUGACAGCACCUGGACCUUUGAGAGCCAGCAGGUGAGCCUGUGA